ACAAAAUCUUUGAAAGCGAAAAAAUAAAACAGUUGACAUUAGGUGUCCAUCUGUUUAACCCGAAUAUACCUUGUGUAUUCUAGUUGACGCCCACGCGGCAUAUCAUCUUCCUAAGUGCGAAUAAUCAAUACAUAACAACAACAACCACCAACAACCACAACAACGAAAACCAAAGAUGUGGGCUAGUGAUAAGCAACAACAAUAAAGAGCGGGCUAGACCCACUCCCACUCCCACAACCAGCCUAGUCCAAUUGACCAACCAGCCAGCAGGAGUCCAACAAGUCAACCCAUUCCGAUUCCAAUCCAAAAAACAAAAGAACUCCCAACAUUUUCCUCCUUUGCUUUUCCUUAAUUUAAAUCAUUAUCGGCUUUGUUUAAAAUGUCACACGAAGAACGUAAGCCAAUUGUGGAUAACUCAAGCUGUGGCAGCAGCAGUGGCGAAGAUGAGGCCAAACCUGUGGUGCGAAGGCGAAGUACCAGGGACACGGAAUUGGCAGCACCUAAGAGUCUGGGCAGAUGCUGUGAUUGUAAUCCUUCGAGCACGCCGCAUCGUUUUCUCGCCUUGCUGUUUAUGUGCCUACUUGGCUUCGGUUCCUAUUUCUGUUAUGACAAUCCGGGAGCUUUGCAGGAUGUAUUUCAAAAGGAACUGGAUUUGAAUUCCACAGAAUUCACUUUGAUCUAUUCGAUUUACUCCUGGCCCAAUAUUGUGUUGUGCUUUGUGGGUGGCUUUCUUAUCGAUCGGGUCUUUGGGAUUCGGCUGGGAACCAUCAUCUAUAUGCUAAUUGUACUUCUGGGCCAAUUGAUAUUUGCUACGGGCGGAGUAUUGGGCCAGUUUUGGUUGAUGAUUGUAGGACGUUUUAUUUUUGGCAUUGGAGCUGAAUCGUUGGCUGUUGCCCAGAAUAGCUACGCUGUAUUGUGGUUCAAAGGCAAGGAAUUAAACAUGGUCUUUGGCUUGCAAUUGUCGGUGGCUCGUUUUGGUAGCACUGUCAAUUUCUGGAUAAUGCAACCUCUAUAUGGAUAUGUAUCGAAGAUCUAUGAGGGUUAUACGGGCCUAGGUGUAGCCUUAUUUCUGGCUUCCUCCACCUGUGUCAUGUCCUUACUAUGCACCUUGAUACUGGGUUGGAUGGACAAGCGUGCCGAACGGAUUUUGAAGCGUAAUAAUAAUCCUGGCGGCGAAAUAGCCAAAUUGAGUGAUAUUGUGACCUUUAAAUUGGACUUUUGGAUGGUAUCCGUAGUUUGCGUGGCUUACUAUGUCGCCAUAUUUCCCUUUGUAGCCCUUGGACAGGCAUUUUUCAUAUCGAAUUUCGAUAUGACCCCAGAUCAGGCCAAUACUGUAAAUUCUAUUGUCUAUUUGAUCUCUGCUAUAGCAUCGCCUUUGUUUGGUUUUGUCAUCGAUAAAGUCGGACGUAAUGUUACAUGGGUAUUUUGCGCAACAAUUUCAACAUUUGUGGCCCAUUUGCUAUUGACAUUUACUCAUUUCGAUCCCUACAUUGCCAUGACUAUAAUGGGUCUAUCGUAUUCAAUGCUCGCGGCUAGCCUAUGGCCUAUGGUAUCUUUGAUUGUACCUGAAUAUCAGUUGGGUACAGCAUAUGGAUUCUGUCAAUCGGUUCAAAACCUUGGUUUGGCGGUGGUUACCAUAGUGGCUGGUAUUAUUGUAGAUAGCAGUGGAGGUAGUCAUUUCUGGUUGCAGCUUUUCUUUAUGUUAUUCCUUUUGAUUUCCCUCAUUGCCACUUGCUUUAUUUGGGCCUAUAAUCGCAAGCAUCAAGGCAAUUUGAAUAUGUCGCCAACCCAACGAGCCACAUAUCAUACAUCGAUGUACGUUAAUAUUGAGUCUAGUUGAUGUUGUGUUGAUGUGUGUAAAUGUUAUAGAUCAACGCAACGGCGUGGCAUUUUGGAUCGAAGGCCUCUAUUGGGCAAUUGAACUAUGAACAGCAACAAAGAAACGUAUUAAUAUUGUUAACAAACAUAAGAUUUAACCAAUUGUGAUGUUGUCUCGCCAUUAUUCUAUCUACACUUGGAGCACAUUCUGCUAAUCCGUGCACUAUUUGAUCUAUUUUUAUCUUUUUUUUUGGCUUGAGUUGUAAACUUCUUUAUAGAU